UUGUGGGGAAAAGGUCUUAGUAAGUUGAUCUUGUUGGCAUAGUAGUAAGUUGAUGUUCUUGUCACCAAAGAUGUACCACUGGAUCUGUAUUAGAAAAUUGUUUCUAAUGGUAUGACUUUGAAGUCACAUUAUUUUGUAUGUUAUCGGUCUAAUUCAUGGUCAAAGUUAAAUCUCAUAAAGGGUGAUCUUAUAAACUGGAACAGCAGGAGGAUUGAAUGAGGCAGGGAAAGGAACUGAAAAUGUAGACAUCAAAUGGGUAACUGAUGGCAAUGUUGUAUCUCUGUCAAUAACGCUCGCAAUAAACAUCUUCUGCCUUCUGCGGCAGAAUUGACUCCACGAUUUUUGCCAUCUUCAGUGCGAUUGCAAUAUGUUCAAUACGAGCAGAGAUUUUUCAAAGUUCAAGGACCCCCAUAGCUGGGGUGGCAUUUUGUAAAACUGCCAUGGCAAUUUGCUUAAUUUGCAAGGAGGUUUUGAAGAAAACUGGCGGUGUUCGCCAGGAUUAGGACCCUGGCGAACGUUCGCCAGAUAACGUUUCCCAGGUUCAAACGUGUCCAGCAACCGAGGUUGCUUCGUGAUCCAGGUGAGCGCUGCAGCCCAGAGUCCAAACCGACCCCAAAACUAGCGUCCAAAACCAAGGUGCGCCGCAGCGGAAACCUUUUUGUUUGUACGCGUGCCUGCCUUGCCGAAAACAAAAGGGUAAUUUCUCCGCAGCCGCAAGGCCCUACGCUACCCAGGCCUCCACGUCCCGCGCCAUCCCCGGAUUGGAUAAAGAGAAACCCCCACGCGCUGCGCACGGCCGCGACGCGGAAACCAAGCCAGAAACCCACCGAUUUUGGCGUUUUGUUCGUCACGCCGGCCAUUCAUUCCUGCUCGCCGCCACGGCACGCCAUGACUGCUAGCCGCCCUCGGAGAAGCCAUUAAAGCCGCCGCGCCUCGGUUCCGACGCCGCCGCCUUCGAUAUUCGUUCCGAGAAAAACCCUCUUCCGAUCGCCGGGGCCGCCAUGCGCACCAAGCACUUGAUACCCAACCACGCCGCGGGGCUCACCUACGCGAACGCCUACGCCGCCGCCCGCGAGGGCAGCGGCGGCGGCGUCGACCCGUUCGAGGCGUUCCCCGACGCGGUGCUCGGGCUGAUCGUCUCCAAGCUGCCCUUCAGGUCCGCCGUCGCCGCCUCCGCCAUCUCGCGCCGGUGGCGCGGCGCGGUGGCCGCCGCGCCGGCGCUCGACCUCGACUUCGCCGCGGCGUUCCCCGCCGCGCCCCGCCGCAGGGCGGCCUUCGCGGCCGCGGCCACCGCCGCGCUCGCGGGCUCGCGGCGCCACCCGCUCCGCCGCCUCUGCCUCGCGCUCGACGGCUUCUUCGACCAGGCCUUCGCCGCCUCCGCGGCCAGCCACGUCGCCUCCUGGCUCGCCGCCGCCGCGGCGCGAGGCGUCGAGCAGCUGGAGCUCCACCUCCCUCGCUCCCGCCUCGCCGUGCUCCCUCCCUCCCUCAUCGCCUGCACCGACCUCACGUCGCUCACCCUUCGCCUCGACCACAACGCCCUUCCGCUCCCUUCCCUCUGCCCCCUCACCCGCCUCUCCCGCCUUCACCUCUCCUCCGUCUCGCUCGUUGGCUGCGGUGACUUCUUCGAAGACCUCUGCUCUCAUUGCACGCAGCUCAGCUGCCUGAUCCUUGAACAGUGCCACAUCGGUGCACUCCGACUAGCCGGCGCGCCGCAGCUUUGCUCGCUUGACAUCGCCAGCUGUUCGUGGACGGAACAGUCGUCUAUUGCCAUUGCUGAGAUGCCGGCGUUGCGCACACUCCGCUACUCGGGUGCGAUGGCGAACAGACACAUGAUUAAUGGCGCCGAUUCCUUGGACGAAGCCGUUCUGGCCAUUGAGAGGCCACAAGCUCUCCUGGAGCCUAAUCUCAGAGAGCUGCUUGCGUUGGUUGGAAACGUACGGAGCCUAGUGCUUUCGCCCUGGUGUAUUGAGCAAUUUGCGCAUCCUGAGGAAUGGUCCAAGGUGCGGCUGGACAAGGUGAGACGCUUGGCAUGCAUAAUAGAGAGGAGGGAAGAAGGUGCUUUGUCCAUUGCACCAUUGCUUACGAGUUGCCCCAAUGUGCAAGAACUUUCUGUGUCGGUCGUGCCAUCACAGUCCAAGCGGAGACGGUGCAGCGACAGUGAAGUUCAGUAUCGUGUUAUUGGUGGUAGAGGGAUGAUCGUCAGGAAUCUCAGGGAAAUUAGGAUGGAGUACAUUGAUGAGAGCAAGAGUGGAUUGGAUCUGGUUAAGCUUCUGCUCAAGAAGGCGCAGAUGUUGGAGAUGAUGACAAUUGUGCCUUCCAUGGAUGGCCUUGAGCAGGCCAAGUUCAGGCGCAGGGUGUUGAAGUUCAGAAAAGCUUCCAGGAAUGUCAACAUCCAGUUUUGUGCCACUGCAUGAUGGAAUGAUUGUGUGUUAAUCACUGAAGUCUCAUGUUCAGUCCGUGAAGGAAGAAGUAGCUUGCCUGUCAUCAGUGAGGCUCUUCCAGUCCUGUUCCGGGCACUUCUAAGAUCUAACUUGUCACAGAGCUGCUAACUGUCAUUUUAAUUCGUUGCCGAGCUUCAUUUAGCUUGAGUUUUCUAAUAAGUUUGAAAAUUUCCUAAUUCUUUGGUGAACCAAACUACCUUUUCAGAGAAAGUUUAGCUUUGUUGGAUACAUGCACCUAGUUUUAUGAGAAGUUAAUUUGAAGAAGCGUGUUCUACCAUGUUAUACAAACGCUAUUGAUCUGUUUGGCCUAGAUGAACAUUUUCUGAUGGUAUAAUUUGUAAGGCACCUCCAACCAGCAUUGUGUUCUUGGUGCCUUAUUAACCCAGUUGUUUGAACUUGUUUAUUUGCAUUCAUAUGCCUUAUGUUUGAUGCACAGGAGGAUUCAUACUGUCACUAUUUGCAUUCAUAUUGUCAGUAUUUUCAUUCAUAUUCUCUUGGUGACUAGCCUAAUCAUAUGCUAGAUGCACAUGAGGAUGUAAAAAAGUUUGAUGGCAUCCAGCUGUUGACCUUUGAAGGCAUUAGUUGUUGUCAUAUCAGCUCCAGAAAUGUCGUCAUACUCUAGAAA